AUGGAUGAUGAGAAAUUAAUGAAAUUGGUGGAAGAACGUGAUGUACUCUACAAUAGAUUUCAUCCUCACUAUAAGGAUAUUAACAAAAAGGAAGAGGCAUUUGCUGAAAUUGCCGAAGAAUUGGAUAUCCCGGAUAUCCAAUUCAUUAUACGGCGUUAUCACAGUCUAAGAGAUCGUUAUACACGAUAUAAACGCAUAUUGGAGACCACGGGAGAGUCAAGAUGUUAUCUGCCAGUAAUGGAUAAUAUGGGGUUUCUUAAUCCGCACAUAUUCAGCAGGAAAAUGAGACGUAAACAAUAUGAAAGGGUACAAUGUGAUAAUGAAACGAGUUCGACUUAUGAUAAUACAACAAAAACUAACCGCACCGAAUGCAGUACACCACAACAAAAAGAAACAGCGCCAUCAAGCCAAAGUGAUGAAGAGUCAAUGGAUCCAUUGCAGUGUGCGGAUGAAUCCGAUAACAUUACUGAAAUUCCAAUUACACCACCUCCGAUAACAAAAGCUGGAAAAUCUUCAUCAUCAUGUGAUGACAAUAAAUUACCAAAAAUUCUACAAAGCAAUAACAGCAGUACAACGACACGUCUUAAAAGAAAAUCCUAUGCGAAAACAUCAUCUCAUUUCGAUAAGAAAACAUUGGAUAAUAAAUUUAGAAAAAUUGAUCAAGAAUUUAGUGAAGCCAUUCAAAGUUUUCAUCGGGUAUGUAAGGCCAGAGAACGUCAAAAGGAUGGUGCACUUCAAGGUUUUCGUCAAAUGAUUAUAUCCACUCUGGCCGAUAUGAGUGAGACCAAACAGACGAAAGCCAUGUUGCAGGUGACAGAAGCUGUGCUGAAGAUUAAAAUGGAACCCGAGGAAUAG